UGUAAGAGACGCCAUCGCGCAUAGAUGACUGGUGAUCAGUGUUUAUAAAAUGAAUAUUAUAAUUUCGAAAUUGAUGUGGAAAAAUGGAAGUCGGAUUAAUCAGUAUAUCUUCGCUGUUAUAAUAACAAUACCACUACUAAGUUUCGGCAUGGUACAAGGAUGGCUGUCACCAAUGAUAUCAGUGCUCCAGUCAUCCAACGGCCCAGCCCCAGUGCCAUUCACACCAACAGACAUAUCCUGGAUGACAUCCGUAACUUACAUCACAGCCAUCAUCAUUGGGGCGCCAAUGGGACACCUCACGGACAGAUACGGAAGACGUGCAAUGACUUUAAUUACUACUCUGUCUUUAAUUAUAUACUGGCAAAUGAAACUCAUCUGCCUGGAACCCUGGGCGUUAAUCCUCGCCCGUGCAAUAGCUGGUAUACCCUGCUCGGCCUGCUACAUCGUUCUGCCCAUUUAUUUGAAGGAGAUCAGUGAUAUUGAUUUGAGAGGCGCCUUGGGUUCCUUGCUUAUUUUAAACAGAAACAUUGGAUAUUUAAUGAGCUACGUGUUCGCUGAUCUUCUAGCCGUUACUACAAUGUUAUGGAUAGGUUUCUUGGUACCGACAGUCGUGUUCUUUAUAUUUUUCGUUAUGCCUGAGACUCCCGAGUUCCUUGUGAAGCAAGGAAAAGUUGACGAAGCGAAGUCAGUACUCGCAUGGCUUCGUGGAGUUGCUGUUACUGACCGUUCCAUUGAGCAAGACAUUGACACUAUUGUUAAAGUUGAGAAACAAACUAAAGCCGAUAAAAAAUCUGUUUGGAAAAUAAUAUGGAAGGACAGACCCACGUUCAAAGCCUUCAUCAUCACGCUGGUUAUUAAAAUCACACAACAGUUCGACGGCUACCUCAUCGUUCUCAUAUACGCUGGUUUCGUUACUGAAAAGGCCGCUGAAUCGAUCACCUUCAAGCUAACUCCUAACAAACAAGUAAUGAUGAUUGGUCUGGUGCAAUUAUUUGGAUCAAUAGUUGCUACUUGCAUUGUUGAAAGGACUGGAAGGAAGCUUCUAUUAGUAUCCACAUCAUUCGCGGUUGGUGUUGGUAUGCUGGUUCUCUCAGCGUGGUUCUAUUUCACUGGUUUGGGGAGUUGGUUGCCGGGCUGGGUUCCCGUGGUGGCUAUGUGUGUGUGUAUCUUUGCCGAUGCAGCUGGAUUUCAACCGAUAUCGUACAUUAUUAUCACCGAUUUGUUCACAUUUCAACUUCGCGGGACUGUGUCAUCGUUCGCGAACAUCUGCGCGAAACUCAGCAAUUUUAUUCAAAUGAAGUGGUUCGCGAAGGUCUGCGAACUAAUCAGCAUACACUGGACCUUUCUCUUCUUUGCUAUUGUAUCAUUUUCCGCCUGCAUUUAUACUGUAAUAGCUUUUCCAGAAACGAGGCAUAAAUCUGUUGAAGAAAUAUAUGCAAAGUUAGAAAAGAAGAAAGAGCGCGCCGAGGUCGCAUAGAACUUUCAUAAAUAGCCUUUUUUGUCCUUUUCACUCUUGUGUCACAUUCCAUAAAUAUGUAAGACAAAACAAUCAUCAACUAGUUGUCGUAUGAAUAUCGCAGCCAACUUGCUUAAUUAGCCGUUAAAUUAACAGCUUAGCCGUUUAACUAAACGGAACCGUUUAACUAGUGGCCUGGCAGAUAGUGGCCUUAAACAUAGCGGACAGUUCAUUAAACAGCUAGGCAAAUGACUGGAUCGAUGAUGUUUCAUGACUUGCCUAGCCUGUUGACUGUUAAUUUUUUUUUCUCUCACUUUCUCAAGCUCUUCAAAUUGUCAUUAUGACGUUUGCGAACCACAACUGUUGUUGUAUUUUCCAAAGUUUCAUAAAAAAACAACAUGUUCAAUGGAAGAGUGCAGUGACAAUAAUAAUAUAAUUUGACUCAAUCAAUUUAAUUAUAUUCAAUAUAUUUUAUGUCAUAUGUUUCAUCUUUUUUAUUUCUGUCAAUUAUAAUCGUACGAGUUGCCUUUGCAUAAGCCAGGCAGUUUAUUCAAUAUUGUAACAAACGCUACGUCUGAAUAGCUAAAAGGCCGCUAGUUAAACAGCGCCGUUCAGUUAAAAGGCUAGACUGUUAAUUAAACGGCUUAUUAAACUAGUUGGCUGACUCACUUAACGUAAACUAUAUAAAAAUGUACAAAGACCAAAUCUCAAUCGGUUCGUUUCAACUUAGCGAGCUGAACGGUUGAUUCCUGAUGCAGAGUAAUGUUAUCAAUCUUCGUUUAAAUAGAAUCUUUUGUUGCGCAAAAAGAAAUGUUUUUAAUAAAAUACACGAAAUUCAUUAAAAUCAUAAAUUUAAUAAUAGGAGCGCCAUCUACGUGUCAGCCUACGAACUUUCAGUCCACCUAAUAACCUGUUCUGUUUCAUUGUUAUCAGUAUCAGUAGUCCAAACGCAGACACGAUUCGUCUCUCCAUUUGACCAAAAUCAAACGCGUUAUCCUUUCAGUCGUCUCCCUUUAUUUGGCCUCUAUGGUAUUUGAGAGUAUAGAGAGUAAAUAUCUUAUGCAGUCUUUAUCUAUUUUAUCGGUCUCUAUGAUAUCUGAAUUUGUAGGAAAUUUGUUUGUGACCAACUGUGAGGCAUAAAAUAUAUUACAAGUGAGGCAUACAAUUAAUAGUUCUAUAACACUUUUCUGACUCAUUUGACCGUAAAAAUCUCAAUAAUAAUAAGGUUUUGUAAAUAUGUGUACAUAUAUAAGUUAAACGUAAGAAUGCUAUUAGUGACUCAAAAAAUAUUUAAAUUUGUAAUUAUAAAGCUUUAAUACACUCAAAUGUUAAUUUAAAUCAAUGUAAUAAAGAUAAUAUAUUAAUUAAGUAAAGUUAAUGAUUC